CAUCAACAAACUCCACAAUUUGGUCCAUGCAGAAUGUUUUAUUUUGAUCGCCUUAUUUAAUUUACAGACAUUUGGUUUGUUUUCGCACCUAAUUAGAGUUUUAUAUAUUACAGGGCUCUGCUAUAUUCUCUCUGUGGAAUAGUUAAGCAUCGAUAACAGGGGUUGUGGAAAUUACUGGAAGAUCAUGGCGGGAAAGCUCUCCGCUUUAUUUUCUCCUCUACUAUUCAGCAAAGGAAAAAUGAAUUUCAAUGUAAGGAGGCUCAGCGUCCUUAGCGAACACACUGCCAAAUGGAUGCAGACAAUUGACAAAAAGUCCCCAAUGGAGCUGAUCAAUGAAGUUCCUCCAAUAAAGGUUGAGGGGCGGAUUGUGGCAUGUGAAGGAGAUAGAAAUCCUGCACUUGGCCAUCCAAUCGAGUUUAUUUGUUUGGAUUUACCUCAGCCAAAUGUAUGCAAGUAUUGUGGCCUCCGUUAUGUCCAAAAGGAUCACCACUGAGCAAAGCAUAUUUACUAUUCAGUAGCUGAAGGAAUUGUGGACAGUAGUAUGCAAUUUUAGUGGUUAAACUCAAUGGAACCUGAGCUGGUAAUAGCUUUGCAAAACAAAUAAAUCUGUACCAUUUGUCUUUUAAUAUUAUUGUUUUUGACCAUUUGCAGCAAAAUAGUUUAAAAAUUUGUGAAGAGCAGAUCACAAGGCACCUGGUACUUGACCCAACAUUUCUUACAUAUCCUCCUUGUGAUUGAAUUUAUGAUGUCUCUGAUUCAUAACAACUAUUUUUCUUU